UCUAAGCAAGGGAGAUUGUGUUUUGUUCUUUCUCUCGCUUGAGUUUUCAAGUGGUUAAGCUCUGGAGUAGAGGGCAGUCCUUCCCCUCACAGCACAUUUCUUCUGGAAAACACCAGCUCAAAAAAUGACACGGAGAAGAGGGAACUUGUAUUUGGUGAAGAAAAGUGCAAACAUGAUCGGAAAGUCUACGCGGAUUGACGCAUUUGAGCUAUUGUGAAGAGUGCUCGAAGCGUCGGAAUUAACAGAAAUAAACUUUUAACCGACACAAAAACCGGCGGCAGAAAGAAAUAAAGCGGGACUUGAAGUUUAAUGAAGGCUGCCUUCCUGUUCUAGAGUGGCUUGGCGUACGGGACCUCACGGACCGCCUGUGUGUUUUGGAGCAACUUGAGGAGCUUCUUCAGAGCAGUGACUCCAGUGAUUGUCAGCACCAUGAGCAGCCAACAGUGACGCACAAGAGCAGCCACAGCAGCCACACAGAUGUUUCGGAAAAAAGCCUCAUCCUCCUUGAGAAUGCGGAGAAUAUCAGAAAACAAUAGACGGAGUUUGGACCGUGCCCGAAGCUCCUCUUUCCAUGAGGUUGGCCAGUCACGAGAGCUGGAAAUGAGGGCAGCAGCCUCCGUUUCCGAAGACACUUCGGCUAGCAGCAGCAGCGGAAGUGGGCACACGGUCCUGCAGCGACUCCUACAGGAGCAGAUGCGCUAUGGCGAGGGUCGCAAUUACCUUGCCCUGCAACAACAACAACUGCAGCAGCAACAACAGCAACAAGGUCCAGUGAGUGGAUAUCCGGGCCCCAGCAGCCCAGGGGACGAGCACUCGAUGGUCCCGCACAUCGCAAGGCAGGAGCCUCAGGGCCAGGAGCUGCAGGCGGACAGUGGCAUGGAGAAGCUAAACACACGCAAUGUGGGAGGGGUUGGUGGUGGCAGUGGGGGCACAGGUUCGGGUGGUGGGAGCUGUGUGAGUGGACAGGGGCUCAAUCCUGAGGAUCUACCCACCUACGAGGAGGCCAAAGUGCAGUCGCAGUAUUUCCGUGGCCAGCAGCCUCAGCAGCAACUUCCGAUGGUAGGUGCUGCGUUUUACGUGACUGCCGUUAGCAACCCUAAAGUGCGACCCCCGGAGGGUCGGCCUACACUGCAGAGAGUGAGCGGAGGGAAAGUGCACCAAGAUGAUGGACUCAAGGAUCUAAAGCAGGGCCACGUGCGUUCACUAAGCGAAAGAUUAAUGCAGCUGUCUUUGGCCACCAGUGGAGUCAAGGCCCAUGCGCCUGUUACCAGUUCUCCACUCUCCCCUCAGUUGCCUCCACCUGGACUGCCUGGAGACUACUAUAAACCAACAGGAACACAACAUAGAGGGCCUCCACCAGACUAUCCUUUUAAAGGAAUGGCCUCUCCACCCAAACAACAGCAACACCAUCAGCCUCAGCACCAAGAGCCAGGACACUUUUAUCCAGACCACCGCGCUACCAGCCAGCCAGGCAGAACCGAUUUUCCCCAUGUCCGCUACCAGCCACCACCUGAGUAUGGCUCUUUCCGGUCCAGUAAAGAGAGCUCAAGUCACUCUCAAAGGUCAGUGCAUCACCACAGCCCCUCAUCAUCUGUUACGUCAGGGGGCUCCCUGUCCCGCGGCCAGUCCUCCGCUCUCAGCAGCAUCUUGGCUGCUUCCCAUGCUCCUCCACCUAUGGGCCAUCAAGGAGAGCCACCCUUCCACAUGGGUGCAAGAACCCCACAGGGCCUCGGUUCCCACCAAGGUGAGCCAUACGGCCCAGGUCCAGGACACCCUCUCCAUCAGCGAACCCAUGGAUUUCCUCAUGAUCCUUACGGCUCAGCUCCCAGGGGCCUUCACAUGCACCAGCACCAGUACCACCAGCAGGGCCCUCAACAGCAGCAACAAAGUCCAGGACAACACUACCCACACCCACACUCCAUGCAGGGGGAUCCAUACGCCAUGCUUGCCAGGGCCCAGCAGAUGGUGGACAUGCUGUCAGAGGAGAACCGUUUUCUCACGCAAGAGCUGGAAGUGUGUGGGGAGAAGGUGUCCAAACUGCAGAAGCUGGAAACUGAGAUUCAGAUGGUGUCUGAAGCCUACGAGAACCUAGCCAAAUCAUCCUCCAAGAGGGAAGCUCUGGAGAAGACAAUGAGGAAUAAGCUGGAGUUGGAGGUGCGCAGGCUGCAUGACUUCAACAGGGACCUGAGAGAGCGAAUGGAAACUGCCAACAAACAGUUAGCUGCAAAAGAGUGUGAAGGCACAGAGGACAAUCGAAAAACCAUCUCGCAGCUUCUGACUCAGAAUAAAGAGACUCAGAGGGAAAAGGAGAAGCUGGAUAUCGAGAUGAAUUCACUUCGCUCAAACAAUGAGGACCAGCGCAGGCACAUAGAGAUCCGCGAUCAGGCCUUGAACAACGCCCAAGCCAAAGUGGUCAAACUGGAGGAGGAGCUGAAGAAAAAGCAGGUGUAUGUGGAGAAGGUGGAGCGGAUGCAGCAGGCUCUAGCACAGCUUCAGGCCGCUUGUGAGAAGAGAGAACAACUCGAGCACCGGCUACGUACUCGGCUCGAGAGAGAGCUGGAAUCACUUCGCAUGCAACAGAGGCAUGGUGGUUCUCAGAACACAGUUGGUCCUGAGUUCAGCUCUGCAGCUCUGAUGGAGCACCUGAGAGAAAAGGAGGAGAGGAUUUUGGCUCUGGAGGCUGACAUGACCAAAUGGGAGCAGAAAUACUUGGAGGAGAGCGUCAUGAGACAGUUUGCACUGGAUGCUGCUGCUUCUGUGGCCACACAGAGAGACACAUCAUCCUCCAUCAUGAUCAGCCACUCCCCCAGCAGCAGCUAUGACACUUCAGUGGAGGCACGUAUCCAGAAAGAGGAGGAGGAGAUCCUGAUGGCCAACCGCCGCUGUCUGGACAUGGAGAGCAGGAUCAAGAAUCUGCACGCUCAGAUCAUUGAGAAAGACGCUAUGAUAAAGGUGCUACACCAGCGCUCGCGCAAAGAACCAGCCAGCAAACUAGAUGCCCCAGCCAUGCGGCCCUCCAAGUCACUCAUGUCCAUCGCCAUGGGCACCGGAAGCUCCAGCAGCUCUGGGCUGCUCUCACACUCUCUAGGGCUCAGCGGAAGCAGCCCCAUAACAGAGGAGCGCAGGGAGGACCGCAGCUGGAAGGGCAGUCUUGGUGUUCUGCUGGGUCCAGAGUUCAGAGGUGAUUCUCUGAGGACAGAGUCCAUCUCCUCAUCUCCAUCGCCAGUCCUGCCCGCCACACACUCAAAGACGGGCAGUAGGGACAGCUACACCCAGACAGACAAAAGUCAGGAGGCCAGCAAGCCAAGCACACCAGCACUGCAGAGUGUAGCAGGACCCAGCCGGAUCAGUAGCCCGAGCCCCGUAUACAUCCCUGACCGCAUUGCCGAUGUGCCAGUGUUUCAUACCAGCACAUUAGAGAGGACGAGAGCGCAAGUACAGUCUCUCCCUCAACAGAGCCUUCCUCCUCCACAGCAUCCGCAAGACGUCGACAAUGAGAUGGUGGAAAUACUCAUCUGAUUACAAACACUCAAACACAUUCAUAAACCAACAACUUUCAAAACAGGUGAAGUACACUUAUAUCCGUUACAUGUUUGGAUCAAGACAUCUGUCAGGGGACAGUGGGGAUGUCGGGGAAUGCGAUCAUGAUUGUUUUUGUACAGAACUGCGAGCCACAAUAUACAACAUCAUUUACAAUCAACAGAGUAUUUUUUGUACAGUAUUGUCUGUUUUUUCUCCUGUCCAGACUCUCGGACCAAAUAUAUCGGCAACCAUAUUUGUACAUUCAUUGCACUACUUUGUUUAUUUUUUCUUAUUUGGGUAUGUCAUCUUUUUGUUGUGUCUUAAGUACUAAUAUUACAAACAUGGCACUUGAGUAUGUAGUGGUAUGGUAACUAGCAAAACGGUUGCUACAUGUAAAUACUGCAUCAGAAUACUGUAAAACACAUGCGGGAAAACAACUGAAUGUCGUAGGGAUUUUUUUAACAUUUUUGUACACAUUGUCUGUACAGAAUGUUCUGUACGGUUCAGUGCAAUGGACCAACAAGCAUUUAUCUGUGGUCCAAAAGCUCAAUUAUAUAUAUGUGAAAGUAUGAAUGACCCAACUGGUUUUGGGAUUGUCUAUUUGAGUCUGUAGUGUUUCAGUCAACACUGAGGUCCAUCAUUCCAGUCGAACUACAGCAGCUACAAUGUGCCUUGGAUGAGAGGUACCACACCUAAUAUGUGAUGGGAACCAGUUUUGGAAAGUCAUUUACUCACCCUCAUGUUGUGCUAAACUUAUGACUUUAGCAGAAUAGCUUUAUUUCCAGUCUUUGAGUCUCAUGCAUGCAAGAUGCAUGUUUAGCGUUUGACCAAAGGUAUCGUAAAAGUGACACAUUAUACACAAAUGUUUAAGCAGGGCCAAUUGUUAUUUAUCAGGUUUUUAUGUGGAUCUUACCUAAUUCACAAUUACACGGACAUAACUCUGACCGCGUAUAUGAGAUUCUCCCAUAUAAUUGUUGAAUUUCUGUGAAAUCCCUCAAUUUAACACUUUUCAUUACUUAGUCAUGUGCUUUGUGGUUUUCAUGUUUUCUUGAGGUGCCUUGUGAAUUCUUACUGUCAGGUUUAAAGGCAUAGUUAACCCAAAAACGCUAAUUCUGUCAGUCAUUUGCUCACCCUCAUGUUGUUCCAAACCUAUAUGGCUGUUUUGUUUUAUAUGGGACACAAUAGAGCUGUUCAGCUUGUUGUCCAAAAACCUGGAUGAGAAUUUGCCAUGGGUUCCCUCUGGAUGUUCCUAUGGGUUUUUUGAACUUAUGAGUAAAAUAAGGUCUGUGGUAAACAUUACUUGAUACCUGGACAUUUUGUUCUACAACAUAAAUUACAUUAAAAAAAAAAAAAAAAAACACGUUUUAGGUAUGACUGUGUGUAAUUUAUAUUGUAGAACAAAACGUGCACAUAUCGUCAAGUAAUGUUUACCACAGAUGGCUGAAUUUGUAAUCCGGCAUACCGGGCAUUUUCCUGGUGGGCCGAUGCACAUUGGGGCUGAUCAGGGGUGGACUGGCCAUUGGGAGAACCGGGCUGGCUGCGAAACGGGCCGAAUGGGCCGCGAUAAGCUGAAAUGAGCCGCCAUGUUAUGCAGAACGGGCCACAAAAUGGUGCUGCGAUAUCCUGAAGGGGGCAGCGAUAUGCAGAAAAGGACAGCGAACACCCUCCCGCCCCCCUGAGCACAGACCGUAUUUAACUCAUAAGUUUAAAAACCCCAUUAUAAAAAUCCAUUGGAAAAUCCAGGGGGAGCCCAUGGCAUAUUAGACUUCUGGGUUUGCCUUCAAAGUCACUGCUGAACAGCUCUAUAGGAGAUGUAAGGAAGAAUGUAAUUUUGGUUACCAUUCACUUUCAUUGCAUCUUUUUUGUUUUUAUCCAUCAAAGAAAGUGAAUGGUGACUGAGACUAACAUUUGGCCUGACAUCUCCUUUCGUUUGGUCUUUCAUUGAAGAAAGUAGGCCAUACUGGAUCAACAUGAGGGUGAGUAAAUGAUGACUGAAUUUUCAUUUUUGGGAGAACUUGCAGUGCUGGCCAACAGUACAUCAGAUCAUCAUUUCACCAAAUUGAAAAGCAUUGGCAAUUUCAUUUAACUUUAAAUUACUUUUUAAUUUGAAAUGUCAUUCGAGUCAGUGAUGAUCAAAAAUUAAACCUAAUUAUAUACUUUCAGAUUUGGCACCAAACAAAUUCUACCCCCUGUAGGACAAGAAUUACAGUGCUGUGUAACUAUCAUCUAGAAGUCCUAGUUGACUUAUUUAGCAGUUUGGUUUUUGCCUCAAAGACAAACCUACAUGAUUAUGCAUACAUAUGCAAAAUAAGUGUUUAACCCUUCUGUAAUGUUUAAAAAUAACAUCUGUGAUGUUUGGGUCAAAAAUGACCCAUAUAAAGUUCAAUAGAUUUUCAGUAGAUUUAUAGCACACUCAUCUAUAAAUAAUGAACAUGAAAACUGACAUAGGCUAACCCAUGUGUUUUCACACUGAACACAGGCUUAUUUAGUAGCACCACCUACAUGUCAGUUGUGGUACUACUCGUUUAUAGUCCUUAGCUUUACUGUAAAGAUUUACAGUAAUCCGAUUACUUACAAAUUAUUUAUGUUUUAAAGAAAAACUGAAUCAUGGCUCAUAUUUAGUUAAAUGACAACCAUUGCAUAUUAAGCGAAAAGUCUGACAUUCCAUAAAUAUAAACACAUUUGAUUUUUUUUAUAUAUUCAUUUAGUUAAUGUUGAGGAAAAACCUAAUUCAUUUUGAACAAACUCAAGAUUAAGUCAAGUUUUUCACUUUUUUUUUUUUUUAAACUUAAACAGGUCAAAAAUGACCCUAACAUAACAGAAGGGUUAAACCUGAUAAAUCUAUUUUCCUUUUAUGGCAACUAUUUUCAUAUUUAAAUCUAAUCCAAAUCUAAUUCUUUCACAUGCAACUUCUAAUUUGUUCACCACAAGCAAUUUCUGUUAGCAAUCCAUUUUGUAUUCACCUGCUUUUAUCUCAUUUGUUUGGGAUAAAAAUGAGUUGUUUGUUCUUCCUUUUUUUUUUUUUAAAUAAAGUCUGAUAAACAUUUCGGGCAUUGUCAAACAACCCACUGUCAAAAUGCUCAAAAGCAGUGUUUUAAGACUGAAACCACUGCAAACAUGUCUGAUAAGAAUGCUGCAUGUCAGCGCGUUGGCAUACAGUCACCAAUCCUAGAGUACCGAAACUAUCGGAAACAUCAUGCCGACUUCACGUGUGAUCAUGUUGCUCUUAUACUAGAUAUUCAGAAAAGUUACUUUAAGUUUGAAGAUCACAUCUAAUUUGGGCACAAACUAAGACAAUGGACCUAAGAAGAGCUGAUUGAGUCUAAGGUGGGACAAAAUACUGAUAUACAAUAUGCUUCAGUGAAUGCAAACUGAUAUCAUCAACAAAAAUGCCUUAAAGUUUUUGUCAGUGUGCCUUGUAACAUAUCAAACGAAAGUCAUCCACUGAAGCAAAACUAAACUUUAGAGUUAGAGUUUAACCGUGUUGGUGAAUGUUACCGUUAAGUCCUGUCAUGUCAUUAGCACCUUUGUCAGUUUGUUCCACUGAAGUCUCAACCUUAUCAAUCCUAUUUUGAUGGUCUUGCUACAUUUGAUAGUUUAAAAUUAGAAUUUCUAAAGGAGAAUGUGUUACAGUCUGUCUCAGGACGAAUUGAGAAUGUGUUUUUUGUAUUAUUGUUUUUAGUAUCUACCAUUUUGUCCCAUCAGUGGGCAUUUGUAUGUAUUUUUUGUUCCUAGCGAAGGAAUGCUUUUGUUCAUUUGACUAGUAUUUCUUUCAUUUGAAAUGUCACUCUAGUUGCUGCUUGAAAAUGUUAUUACUGUACAAUCAUGAUUCAUUUUUACAUCAGUUGUAUUCCUGUUAAUCAGUUCUUCCCAUCUUAUCUCAUGCAGAUUUUGUAUAAGGCUUUACAUUUUUACUUUGGUUUAUAGUCAAAAAAUGUUUCAAAUAACUUUUUUCUUGGUUAAUUUAAUUUUUUAAUAAACAGAUCCGAU